CCUGUGUUGCUGUCACGGUGGAAAGUCUCCCUCCUCCUCUAUAAGACGUAAUGCCUCGGGUUUUCCUCGUCUCGGCUGCAGGCAGAACCAGAACAGGAGGAAGGGCUCACUCACACAAACAGAUCUGCGUGUUUCCUCACACCCAGCCUCUAUCAUGUUUACAGGGAUGCGGGCGGAAAACUCAGAGGUCCUGGAUGCUGCGACACUGAGGCAGCAGAGGAGGCUGAAACAAGCAAUCCAGUUCCUACACAGAGACUCUGCUGAUCUGCUGCCUUUGGAUGGACUGAAAAAACUCGGGACAUCCAAGCAGGGACAGCCGCACAAUAUUCUCAAGAAGAGGCUGCUGGAGGCCAAGCUGUCCCAGGGCAGGAUUGACACACGAGGGGUAACCCCAAACAGCAGAGGAGUUCAGAUGAGCUGUCGGCAGAUCUCAAACGAGGAUGAGAAGGAAGAAGGCGAAGACAUAUUCUGUUUGGCUUGUAAAUGUUCUGGACAGGACGUUACAGUGCUGAUUGACACAGGCUGCAGGAUGAACCUGAUGUCUUCGGGGACUGUGGACAGAUUAGGACUGAAACUGCUGGUCGAGGAGAAUAAAAUGGACCUAGGCCAGCUUCCGUUUCAGCGAAAGCUUUGCAUCGAGGGAUUCAUCAAGGAACUCAGUUUGACCAUUGGAGGACUCCGAAUAAUGUCUUCAUUCUUUAUAGUCGAAAGCACCAAACCACUCAUGUCUCUGGGCAGCAAGACAUUAAAAUCACUCAAGUGCGUAAUUGAUACAGAUAAGCAAAUGGUGGUGUUUGGGACACCCAAAAGGGAGCAGGUUGACUUUGUUAAAAAGCCACCAAGAAAAAGUGACCUGGAUUAUUGAUCUUCCUGGCUCAACACACUUAUUUACACACACACAUGCCAAAGCUGUAGUUAUAUAGUUUGAUCAGUCAUAAAAAAUAGUGCCACUAAAAGUGUACGAUCGACACUGGAUGAUUUUAGGAAGUGAGAAUUCUGUCUUUAAAGGAAACUCCGCUGAGUUUUUCCUUGACAAAAAGUAAAACGGGAAAAAGCCAGUCUGGGUAUUUAGUGGAGUGGGUCACAAACAUUUUAUAACACCUACCACCUAAAUAAAUGGUAAUACCACCAUCCUGACCAACUUCUUAAAACAUUUUUAUACAGAACAUGACUGAUUUUCUUCAGAUUGUUGUAUUAUGCGAACAAAGAAGAAAAAAACAAUAACUUUCUUAUUUACUGGCACUGUAGAGUAGUUGAAGGAGGAAGUUUCAAUAUCUGUUUAAGAGCUGAAAUGUCUAUGGUUGAUUUCAGAACUAUUAAUGGAAGGAUUCAGAGUGGGAAAGUCUGAGGUUUCUCACCAACUUCAACCUCCAAAUCCAAUAUGGCCGACUUGCAUAUAAAACUUGAUAGUUGGAAAAAAAAAGAAGAUUUUUUUGCUUUGGGUAAUUUGAAUAUCCCUACAUCAUUUACAAAUACAGUAGUAUAAAAGCUCCUUUAAAACAUGUAGGGGGGGCACCAUGUGGCUGUGUUGUAGAGUAGCUGUAUAUAUCGAGUCUGUAAUCCUCCACUCAGCUGUUGUGGGUUUGAUUCCCGACCCCAGACCAUUUACUGCAUGUCUUCCCCUUUUCUCUCUGUUUUUCCUUCUGUCAAGCUGCUAAGAAAUUAAGGCCGCUAGUGCCACAGAACCUUUAAAAGAAAAGUGUAGCUACAGUAUUUAAAAGUACAGAAUGCAUAUAAAAACAUCGUUAUUAGUUUGUAUAGCUAAUAGCGGUGAGCUACCCUGGUCAAUAGAAAUACCAAUUUGCAAAAUCCCCCUUUGGUUUUUAGAGUUGGAAUUAUAAACAGUCAGGUUUUGUUGGAUAUCAUGAUAUUUCCAAAUGAAAGUCUGGACAACAAACUUUGAUUUAGGAACACAGCAGUUGAUUACUUGUGAUUGGUUGAAGUAUUUACCUACACUUUUGUCCACUUCGACAACUCAGUGCCUCUACCUAUAACUUUAGGUGGCAUAGUAUGAUCAAUCUCACUUCUUUGCUUGCUUAUUUGUUGCAAAGAAGAGCCACAUACAGUAGCUUCAUAAAAGCACUACACUUUACACUCUAAGUGCUUCUUAUGCAGCACUCUCGGACAGGCCUGAUGUACAAGCUGUUACCUUUGUUCCAUGCAGGUAGAUAACAGAAGCUGUAGGGAUGUUGUUUUUGUAAUUCUUAUGCAGAUGUGAUUAUACAUCAUGUAUCACAUAAAUGAGUGUUAUUUUGCCAGAACCAGUAUCUAAUAGUGAUUGUAGAUUACUUAGCACAAUGUGUUGUGUACAGAUUAGGUGGACAGAUGUGAAAAAAUGCAUUGGGACAGACAGAAAUGUUGUUUUUCACAAAAUCCGCUCCAGCCUAGCUAGAUGUAAGUUAGGUUUGGUUUUCUAUUAUAAAUCCAAGUUCACUAAUAAAUAUUUUAUGAGUUUUAAGGGAUCUUAUUGAGAAAAGCAUUGGGUUUAUGUAAAGCACCAAUACUAAAGAUUUGACCUUUUUCAAGACUGUUAUCAUCCUUGAAAAAUCAUUGUUCAGAACCAAAUUCCCCCUUGCUGGGCAAAGUUGCGCUUGGAGGCUUUUUUGGAAUCGGUCUUUAUUCAUGUCUGUUUUUAGGCACAGUUGUGAGUGAACUCACUCCUUUGGACAAUAGGCAAGCCCACACAUGAACAGUCUCAGCACGGGUUCCUUUUUGGCACGACAGAUGACCCAUGGUAGCGUUCAACCUCAAAAGAUAGUCCUUUGACCGGAUGUCUAGAACACUCAGAAGGAUGAUUAAUUUGAAAAAAAAGGACCCCAUCCGAGUACUCUGUCGUCCAAUAGUUGGACCUCCUGCAGAAUUUCAGUCUGCCCUUAAUGUUGUUCUUGAAUAGAAGUGGCUUCUUUACUGCCCUGGUUGAUUUCAGGCCAAAGUCCAAACUUCUCUACCUCAUUAUGCAUACAGAAACUCUAACAGUUCCUUGCUGCCAUGCGCAAGCAUGCACUGGAGGCAACCAUAUACCUUAGCUGAAUCCUCUUUACCAGUUGGCCCUGUCUAAUUGCUGAACUUUAUGUGCUCUAAAGUAUUCUUUACAGCAACUGAAUCUCUCUCUUCUUGAAGAUUGAUGUUUUGAUAAAUGGUUAAAUUAGAUGCAAUCUUAGAAGAGCAACAUCCUUGCUUGUGAAACUCUUUUUAUGCAAAGUGAGCAGCAGACAACACAUUUCCCUGCAGGUAGCCACAAAUGAGACAGGAAGAAUGAUUUUAAGCACCACUUCUUUAAAAAGCAGUCAUUCUGGUUUCCAUUGAAGUCAGACAGAGUGAUAUGAGCUGGCCUCUCCUCAUUAACAACUAACCAGGAGAUCUUUGAAAAUAUGCUAGCAGGUCAUUUUGUGAUUGAGCUAAAACAGUGAAAAUUGUGUUUUUGUGAUUAGGCCAGUUUUUAUUCAUAUUCAUAGCUUAGCAAUUUACUGAAUCUCAGCUGGUCACUCUUAAUAACAAUGAAGAAUCAAUGCAAAAUAGCUACUUUAUAACAGAAGCAGAAACGUUUGUGGUGAAAAAAAGGGUUUCUGUCUGUCUGAAGGCUUUUGGUCAUGAAUAUAAAUCUUCUAUAUUUUAUAAUGUGGUAAAGUUUUUUUUCUAACUUGUAUUUGUAUUGUUUUCACUGAAUCUUUACAAAAGGAUAGUAGCACUUCAGAUAUGUUGUAUCACAUGGCUGUAGCCAAAGAACAACAAUGGGUAUGAAAUAAAAAGCUUAGUAUAAUU